UGCUGUUGCAGGAAGAACUUGGUCGUCAUAAAAGCACCGCUGUCGAAGGAGACCGGAAGCCACCCUACCGGACGCGGCAGGAAGUCCGCUAGUGGCGAAGACUAUGCAGCGACCGGCGAAGCCGACCUCGCGGGCUUCGGGGGCCGGCGGCUCCCAGCAAAGGCUCAGCGCCCAGAACAACCAGAGACGCUCUGGGAGCGCUGGUGGCCGUUCGCAUUCGCCAUGUCUCCACCCGAGCGCGACGAGUUCGCCACCAAAGAGACCAACAAACGUCGGAGGGAGCGACUAAGAAAACUUCGAAAGUACGACGAAGGACGCGACUUUGAACAGUUCACCGACUCGAACUUGAACGAUUCGAGCCAAGGCAGCAUGGACGAACAACCCGCGGCUCCGGAAACGCCAGCCGGCCACUACUCCAAGGCGCACCCGUACUACAAGAAGCUCCGGCUGCCCAGCGGACGCCGGGUGGACAUCACCAGGCGGAACUACUUCCUCAGGAAGUGGCGAGACAAGAAGGUCAAGACCUCGUACCAAGUGUUUUUUGUGCUCGGUGCGCUCGUUGUUUUGAUCUGCCUGAUUAUAUACGCCUACAAGGAGAACCUGCCCUGGCUUUACAACAUACUCAGCGGAUUGCGUGAUGUGGCUCAAGGCACGAAGGAGAAAAAGCGUGUGACCAACCCCAUGCAAGUGGACUUUCAAUGGAGGGCUGGGACGACGGCGGAGCAGUACGACGAUGACACUACGGAUGAUUUCGACACCGAGACGACCAGCGCGUCCGAAUAUGGAAUCGGGACGCGAGGCGUCGUGUUCGCCAAAGACGACAUGAGGAGAAGGCUAGUGUGAUUAACCCUCUCCGCGAAUGGACGCCUGGUCACACUGAAAUUAGCCCGGCUUAAACGAGCUGCAGUCUAUGCCCGCGCAGUUUGGCCCAGCGACUUAUUUGUUAGUUCGCUUAUUAGAAACGGAGCUGCCGUUGAACAAUUGUGUACUUGGAACAGUAUACAUUAAAAAAUAUUUUUGUUCAUCGUU